UGUAGGUGUGGAGUCACAUGUAGGCCAGACCAGAUUCUGCCCUGCCUCCUCAAUGUCCGAUCGACCUAGUCUCCCUUCACGAGGUGGCUUGCCUCGUGCUUCUCUUGACCCUGAUCUCCCUGGAUGUUGCCAGGAGCCAGCACAGAAAUUGGGAGUGGCCUUGCCAAGAGGGAGAACAAUUCUAAGUGUGCGACCCCCGAAGUCAGAGUCCUUGCGAGAUUACCCACUGCAAGAUGAGCAAUUGGCAGCCAAUCUCGGAUUUACCCACGGACCACUGGGCCGUUCAACUGGACGAGUUCGAGGUCUCACUUCAUUGCUGCAGUUUGAAGGCAGUGGACGAGGAGAUUACCUUGGAAGAGGACUGUUGGGUAGAGGAAUAACCAGCAGCCUGUUUGGAGUGUUGAGACAUGUGGCUCCAGUCACAGGCGAUGUCUUUGCAGCAAGAACAGCAAUGUCAGACAAUUCUGAGCAAGGCAGGGGUAGAGGGCCAAUUAUUGAGCAUCCGCAUUCCAGCGUUCAAGAAUUGGCAGCUCAAGUGAAGGGAUUGGAGUUUGGACGAGCAUUGCUGGGGAGAUGCAGAGUUUUCCAUGGUUUGCCAAUUUGUUCACCUGGGGACAGGAGACUUGCUCUCAGCGAGGCUGUAACUGGAGCGCCAGAGCAAGAAACUAGAGGGGAGCCAGUCAUGAAUAAAGGAUCAUCAGGAACAUCUGUACCUCUGGCAGUAAACCUUACCAAAAUACAUUGUCAAAAUGAGGCCGUUUAUCAGUACCACGUCACCUUCAGUCCUAAUAUAGAAUGUCGGAAUAUCCGCUAUGCAAUGUUAAAGGAGCAUCAGCUGGUUACUGGCAAAACUACUGCUUUUGAUGGCAGCAUACUCUACCUGCCUGUCAAACUACCUGAGAUGGUGGCUCUGAAAUCGCAAAGAAAAACUGAUGGUUUGGAAGUGUACAUCAAGAUUCAAUUGACCAAGAUUCUCCAACCCAACUGCGACCUCUGCAUCUCCUAUUAUAAUGUCGUAUUACGAAGAGCUAUGAGGCUUUUGGAAUUAAAAUUAGUUGGACGGAAUUUCUAUGACCCAACAAGUGCGAUUGUUCUUCCUCAAUACAGAUUGCAGAUAUGGCCAGGAUACUCUGCAAGCAUUCGAAGAACAGAUGGAGGAUUGAUGUUACUUGUUGAUGUGUCCCAUAAAGUAAUUCGUAAUGAUUCUGUCAUUGAUGUUAUGCAGGCUAUAUACCAAAAGAGCAGUGAGAAUUUCCAGGAUGACUGUACGAAGCAGUUAGUGGGCAGCAUAAUCAUGACAAAGUAUAACAAUCGCACCUACCGCAUUGAUGACAUAGACUGGGACAAAGCCCCAACAAGCUACUUUCGGAUGGCAGAUGGCACAGACAUUACCUUCUGUGACUAUUACAGCCAAGCCUACGGGAUUACCAUUCAGGAUUUGAACCAGCCUCUCCUUGUAUAUCGACCUAAACAGAAGUAUGGACCACAGGGACAGCCUAUCCAGAGCGAGAUCCUCCUUGUACCCGAACUGUCUUUCAUGACUGGGAUCCCUGAUCAGAUGAGGAAGGAUUUCCGUGCGAUGAAAGACCUGGCUGUGCAGAUUAACCUGUCUCCAGAACAGCACCACAUGGCUUUACGAAAACUGCUGAACAACAUCAAGAAAAAUGCCAUUGUCCAAGAAGAGCUGGCACACUGGGGGCUUGUCAUAGAUGAAGAUAUCUAUAAGACGGAAGGAAGAAUCUUACCUCCAGAAAAGAUCAUAGUACGGUGCAGAUCGUUUCCAAGUGGGGCUGAUGUUAACUGGUCGAGAGAGGUUGUCCGCGAAAAAGUAAUAUCAGCGGCCACACUGCACUGCUGGGCUCUGUUGUACACCAAGCAAAGUGCAACACAUGCCAAGGAUCUCGUCAGCUUCAUGUCAAAGGUGGCAGAACCCAUUGGAAUUACCUUCCAGCAGCCUGCAUACAUCGAACUGAAGGACGAUCGCACCCAGACCUAUGUCCGAACUCUCCAAUCGUACCUGGGGAGUAAUGAUUCGGUGAAGCUUGUGGUAUGCAUAGUGACUGGCAACCGUGAUGACCUGUACCAUGCCAUUAAGAAAUUGUGCUGUGUGCAAUCUCCAGUCUCCUCGCAGCUGCUGCCUGGCCUGCCAACUGUUCCACGACUUGGUGUUUUUAUUACAAGCAUCUGCAGUAAUUUAUUGUCUGGGCUCUUAUUUUCUGCCAAGUUAACAAUAUUCAAGGUGAUUAAUGUGAGGACAGUCUCUCAAACUGUUAGGAUGAGAAGUAUCUGCCAAAAGAUCCUGCUGCAGAUAAACUGCAAAUUGGGUGGAGAAUUGUGGGGUGUGGACAUACCGCUGAAGCAGCUUAUGGUGAUAGGAAUGGAUGUGUACCACGACCCUGUCAGGGGAAAGCAGUCUGUUGUUGGAUUUGUUGCCAGCAUGAACAAGGCAAUGACCAAAUGGUUUUCGAAGGUUGCAUUUCAGAUGCCCAAUCAGGAAAUCAUUGACGGAUUAAAGAUUUGUAUGGUGGCAUCCCUGAAGAAAUAUUAUGAGAUAAACCACUGUCUCCCAGAGAAGAUUGCUGUGUACCGGGAUGGAGUAUCUGAUGGCCAGCUGAAUGCAGUGACAGAUUAUGAGCUUCCCCAGCUCCUUAAGUGCUUUGAGGUUUUCAGCAAUUAUCACCCAAAAAUGAUAGUGAUUGUGGUGCAGAAGAGGAUCAGCACCAACUUGUAUGCACAGGCAGCUUCAGGCAGGCUCGAGGUGCCACCUCCUGGAACUGUAAUGGACCACACUGUCACCAGCAGGGAAUGGACUGACUUCUUCCUGUUGGCUCAUACUGUUCGUCAAGGCUGUGGAAUCCCAACGCACUAUAUCUGUGUGUACAACAGUCUGAAGCUCAGCCCUGACCACAUGCAGAGGCUCACCUUCAAACUCUGCCACUUGUACUGGAACUGGUCAGGCACAAUCCGAGUGCCUGCACCCUGCAAGUAUGCUCAUAAACUGGCGUUUCUCUGUGGCCAAUCUCUGCACCAGGAGCCAGCUGCCCUCCUUUCUGAAGUACUUUUCUACCUGUGAAGCUGUCAGGAAAUGCCUUUGGAGACCCAGAGAGGAAAAACUAUGGGCAUAGUGGCCGAGUGGGGGAGUGUUGGAAAUGGGACUGACUUUCCAGGGAGGCCUUCUGAAAAUGGAACCCCUUAUUACACUUGGAUAGAGAUUUAUUUCCCCUGAGACUUUAUUUACUGAGUACACUGAGUGAAGCAUUUUUUGUUUUCCAAGUGACAGGUCAUAAGAAGGCAAGCUGAUGAAAUGAGCGAAACAACAACUGGCUAGGGCCGAUUUGGUUUGUACAUUUCACUCACUGUUAUUCAGUAUGUUUUAUUAGUUUGUAUCAUUCAAAGUAAGUGCUGGCAAUUACCCAUUUCUCCCACACCCUGACCUUGCAUGAAAUUUCAUUUGUGUGUUUGACACUGAAUACUGCAGCUUGUGUCAAAUGUAUUGUGCACUUGACAUUUUGUUUUGGGAUGGGGUGUGUAAUUUGUUGGAACAGCAGAAUAACUUUAAUCAAAUUCUGGUUGAAAGAUGGAUCGGCCGUGGUGCAAGUGGAAGAUCAAUGCCAAACUGCCAUCUUAUUGAGUAAAUGUUGAUCGUGAUUGUGAUCUUAUUCUUCUAAUGUCUACAAUCUCUAAAGAUUGAGCCAUCAACAUCUGGAACGAUAUCAUUUUUGCCCAAGGGAACACUUCCAAUGAGGAGCAAAGAGUGUUUCGUUUAACUGCAAGAAAAACAGAAAAUGCUUGUAAAUUUCAGUAUUUCUGGUAGCACCUACAUCUUUUCAGAGACUGAAGUAAUGUUAACAUUUCAGGAGAACCUUCCUCUUUGCAGAUGAUUCCUGAUAAGCCGGUUGUUUUUAUCCAAACCGUGACCUGCAGGACAAGCAUGUACUCAUCCACCCAGCCUGUCUCUUCCCCCAGAAAAGAGUCAGCCGCCAGGUUGGAAGUCAUGCAUUUCCCUGGAAGGACAACACAAAUAAAAACCCAGGUCCAUUCACUGAAAGAAAUCUGGAAAAUUCUUUCUCUUCUCUACUUUGAAACCAGUUGAGAUUAUUGCUACCCUGACUAAUGCUGUCCAAAUGUACUCCAUUGCAAGGUGAUUUCUAUCCCAGCUGAAGGAAUCCCAGUGAGUUAGUGUUCACACUCUGAAGCAAGGCAUUACUAUCCUAAUGGAAAGGAGAACCUGAAGGUACCAGUCAUUCCUUAUUUAAUUCCAUUCAAUGGAGAUAUUUAUUACAGUCUGAUUGAUAUGAAAGAGGUUAUUUGGGCCAAAUGGUUUCUCUGUACUCCUAAAAUGAAAGUUCUGAAGUUACUGCGCAAGAAUUGCUCAUUCAAAAGCUCAGCAAAAAAAUAGCGGAAUGUCUUUUGUUUCCAACAGUUGUUGCUGAGUCUUCACUUGAGUUUUAUGUUUUUCUUAAUGGCCUAAUUACAUUUACGUUUAAAUUUGCUUGGAAUAAUGCUUGAAUUAUUUUCUUACAAAAUUACUUAGUUUGAUUUGUAAUAUCCCUAAGGUGUAAGUAGGUUCUGGGCUUUUUUUAAAGAGGCCAGAGUGUAUUGCCCAUCUAUCGCCCAUUGAGAAGCUGGUAGUGAGCUAUCUCUUGGAAUCUCUGCAGUCCAUAUGGUGUCGGUAUUCCACAAUGCUGUUAGGUGUGGAGUUCCAAGAUUUUAACCAAUGUUCAAAAUGUGGUGAACACUCCUAUUAUGUUGCACUUUAGUUCUGGUUUCUCUUUUAGCUCAUGCAUCUCAGUCUUGAAUAAUGUGACAGGAACAAGUUCCUCUAUUCCCACUACUGACUAAAAUUUCUAAUACUCGGAACUUUGCUUAAUUCAGACUUGAUGCCAACUCCUACCAAAUCAAGAAAACAUUGAGUUCUGCAAAAAUAAGUGAUGAGUUCACUGAGAAACACCAGUCGGACAUUUGAGUUCCACAGGACAGGGCAUUUCCAGCUGGGCUGUAGGUGCCAGGUAGAAAUAAUUCCUUUUGUUUGUUUUUCCCACCUAGAAGUGUUAACUUUUUCAGACAGUGUUGGUUCAUUGAGGUGAAUGAAGCUUGAGAGUAACACAAAUGCAUCCCACAUCAAUGCCAUCUUCUGAAAAUGCAAGAGUUAGAAUACAAGACCCUUACAGCAAUUCAGUCCUUUAGUUAGGUCACAGCUGAUCGAUCUAUCAGUCCAUUUACCCUCCUUGGUUUCUUUCCUUGUGCGUUUGCCCAAUCAAACUUUAUCUAUUUGUGAAUUUUUCGAUUGAUGCAAUCUCUGCUUUUCUGAGGAAGGCAGUUCCACAUUGCCUUCGGUGUGAAGAAGUGCUGAUUUCACCAUUGGACAGUGUACCUCUCAUCUAAGAUGAUGUCCUUUUGCACAGGACUCCUCAAACCAGAGAAAAUACUUGCUCUGCAUCUGCCUUUUCAACACUCUCUAUCAACCAUGCAAUCAAAUCACCCCUUAAUUAUCCAUAUUCUGUGGUCGGUACUCAGUAUAAGAAUUGCUUUCUGAAUUCAAAAAGAAUGAGUUGCUGCUAGCUAACUCAUAAAAACCAACUGUGGUCCUCAGGUUAUUUGUGAUUGUGAUUGUGUCAUCAGUGGACAGGCAACAUUGUUCCAUCAGAUUAAGUCAACAUUACACUCUGAUUAGCUAAGGAGAAAUGCAUUCAGUCCUGAAAGUAUACUUUGCUGGAAUCUAAACAAUUCAAAUAAAGUAUGCUCAAAGGAAUACUUGUCUUGCAUGUUCAAACCUUUGCUGAUUUUGUAUUCUGUAGGCUGAAAGCAAAAUUAAAAUGUAAUCUUGAAUUCUUUUUGUAACCUCAAUCCUGCAGCACCCAUUCUUAGCAAUUGUGACUUAGUUCAGAAACCAGUGAUGUGUCCCACUUGCGUCAGUCUAACCAGUUCUUGAGAUUUCAAUCCUCGGUGUAAUGGGCCCACUCCAUUUGAACUGUUCAAAGUUCAUAUAAUUGGGAUAAUUGCACACCUCCAGGUUAAUAUCGAACUUGCUCUGAAGCCAAGACUUAAGUCUUGUGUCUAGCCUUGUUUCAAGUUCAACCCAGAGUUUGGAUUCUGGCUGUAGUUACACUGUAUUUGCAUCUUAAUACUUAAUGUGUAAUCAUGGUCCAAAUGUGGAGUUUGCGUUAUAUUGAGAUGAGGAGAAAGUGAGGGCUGCAGAUGCUGGAGUUUGGAGUCUAAAAGUGCAGUGCUGGAACAGCACAGGCGGUCCUGCUCCUCAGAUGCUGCCUGACUGGCUGUGCUUUUCUAGCACCACCCCUUUCAACUUGCAUAGAGAAGAGUCCAUCACUGGCAAACAAGCUGGGCUUGUUUAAAACUCGGGUAAUUCCAUAGCAGUAUUUCCUCACAGCUAGUCGAGAGUUACUCUAUCUCACUUAAAUUCCAUUUGCCAGAGGCCAAACAACAUAGAAUGUAAUUGAUAAAAUCUUCAGAGCCUUAAUUGUGUGUGUGUGUGU